GGAAAUCGCGCAGAGGAUCAUGCAAGAGGUCCAAGUAAAGAUGGUAGAAACAGGACGACAGCUCGGUAUCGUAAAAGCACAGCUAUCGGCGAGGGAGAGGGAGAAGCGGGUGUGCGACCUCACCGUCAAGGAGCUGGCGUCGAUCCCUGGGACUGAUGUUAAUGCUUACCGUGCUGUUGGCAAAAUGUUCAUACAAGAACGCCUGCCAACACUGAUAUCCGAACUGGAGAAACGUAAAUCCGAUUCAGAGCGUGAGGCAAAGAACUUUGAACGGGCUGCGGCCAAGCUGGAACGGGAUUUGAAGGAUACGCAGGAUACGUGGAAGGAAAUUAUGCAUAGGGCGCGGCCAGAGCAAUGAUCUGGGGAGAUGUUGGGUGUAGAUGGGAGGCGGCGGGUUGUGUUUCGAAUAGGCGUGUUGUGGCCGGAAGCUAGGAUUGUAGGAUGGGUUGUCGAGGAGGCAGGUGUAAAUUGAGCCAUGGGUUUUCUGCAAGCGCUCGUAGCCACCCUUCUUUGGGCCGCCAGCGAGCGGAGAGCCGGAUGGGAGACCUCGUCUCCCGUGUAUAUCAUUACUGCAAUGAAGAAAGCCUGUAUAGAUCGAACGUAUAGUGAAUACUUUUCUCACAGGAGGGAACAUUGGCACAUACGGAACUGUCUCGUAUAACUGCGAAAACUAGAUGCCCUGAUGCUAUUCCUAAAGUCGGUACUAAACUAACUUCCAAGGCCAGUCUGGCGAACCUGCCAUACGGAAACAUGCAACAUCUCAAUCCAGUCAAGGCGCCAAACCGAAGCGUUUGUCCAAGGGCAACUGCAGACGAAAUGGGCCGGCCGCCGCCU